AUGGCUGUGAACCCUUUAUUGACAAUAUCAAGGCAGCAGAAGACCCCAGUGGGUCCCUCACCAUAUGAACUUCGAACAGUUGAAAGGACAGAAAUGGAAAUGUAUGCCGUCUAUCAGCAAAGGAGAAUGGAAAAGUUUAACCGUCAGGGCCUAGCAGGUGUAGGGAUACCAUUCGUCUACGGCUCCUGUAUCCCAGCAGGCACAGACACCUUCCCAGGCAGAAGCGUGCCCCCUGCCCACGACCUGCAUUUCCACAGGAGCUCCCUGAGAAACCUCCAAGGAAACCCCAUGUUAGUGGCCACUGGCUCACACUUUCUAGACAGCUGGGAGCAGAAAUACCGCCGUCUCAGGAGAGGGACAGGGAGUCAGAAAGUUCUACACAGCGAUACUUGUAGUUCCAAAAGCCAAGCAGAAUUUAAGACCUUAGGCCAGACUCAAACAAAUCCCCAUGAAGAGGGCGAGUUUGCCAAAGACGCUGAGACUGAAACAGUCUUGAAUCGGAAGCCAAGUGAAACCAAUGAAAAGCCAGCCCCAGCUCCUGCCCAGAGCUGUGGAGAGCUGGGGUCCCUCCACCCGACACCCUGGGCAGCUCCCAGCAGCUCCCUGGACCCCAAGGCCUGGGACAGUGGGAAGGAGAAGGGUGUAGAGCAGACUUUUACAGCCAGCAGUGAACAAAAGCCAAGUUCUCCAUCCAUUCUGCCAGCAUGUGAACUGGCUUCGUCUGAGAAGCAUCUGUCUCUCGAUGAAGAUAUUAAUAAAUGGACUGUGGAAGAUGUGCACACUUUCAUUAGUGGUCUUCCGGGCUGCGCGGGCUACGCUCAGGUAUUUAAGGAUCAUGCAAUUGAUGGGGAAACGUUGCCACUGCUCACAGAGGAUCACCUUCGAGACACUAUGGGCAUAAAGUUAGGGCCGGCAUUAAAAAUCCAGUCUCAGGUAUCUCAGCGUAUGGGAAGUAUGUUCUACAAGAAAAGUCUUUCAUUUCCUAUCCAUACAUAUUCUACAAAGCAAGCAUUUGACCAACCAGAAGAUACAUCCUCUCCUUUGAAUUUUAACUCCUGGAGUGAAACACCAAGUGUUCCUUGUUCCCAGGAUAUAAUUCCUAAAGGAAUCGAGCCAGAAAGCCACGGCCGGGAGGGUCGCGGGAGGCGGAGGACUGACCCCCGCUUUGUGCGUCAGUGGACAGAGGCCGGAGGAGGGGCCGUGACGUGGGGGCGGCAUCUGCGCGUGGUCAGCUGGCCCGGGGGCCCGGGCGUGGGCCGGCCGAGCCACACCUGUGCACCCUCGGGGCCCCCCAGUAUUCCUGCCCGCACACCCCACUUGAAGGCCGCACGGUGUAAACAAACAGGACCGCGUUGGUGCUGGGACGAGCUGGUGGCGCCCAGAAGCCUUGCACAUGACACUGUGUCAGCCUCAUAA